UAGAUUGGUUCGAGAGAGAUUGGUUCAGGAUCUGAGGGAAAAGCUAAGUUUUUUGGUGUGGGUUUGGUUUAUGUUAUGGGGGUUUUGUGAGGGAAGGUUUGCGGUGAAGACAGACAGCUUGAGAGUCACUUCACCGAGUUCGUUGGAGGGUGUCUAUCCAUGUGCAAUUGGAAAUUUUAGGGUUCCUCAGUUUGGAGGAUCCAUGGUUGGCAUUGUGGCUUACCCCAUAUCCAAUCGAAAGGCAUGCAAGAGCUUCGAUGGCGUAGACAUCUCCUUCAAGUCCAACCUCGGAGGCCUCCCCACCUUUCUCCUUGCUGAUCGAGGAGAUUGCUACAUGGCCUUGAAGGCAUGGAACGCACAGAAUGGUGGAGUAGCAGCUAUUCUUAUUGCAGAUGACUGGAUUGAAUCAUUGAUUAUGAUAGCCACCAUUGCUGAAGAUCAUUUUGAUUAUGGACAGAACCUCACCCUCCCUACAGCUUUUAUCAGCAAAUCUUUUGGGGAUAGCAUUAAGAAAACUCUCUCGAGUGGAGAAAUGGUUACCAUAAAUCUUGACUGGACAUUUUGGGCUAAACGUCUUCCACAUCCUCAUCCACGUAAUAUGAGUAUGAUACCCAUAUCGACUUUGUAAAGAACGUUCUUUAAAGGAACUAGCCCCUUUGAAGUUGGGUUAAGAAAGAAGUAAUGAUGA